CAUGGGUCUUCUUGGGAAAAGCUUGGGUUCCAAGUUUAAAGACAUCAGUAAACAAGCUGUUUCUAGGACUGCUAUCUUAAAGAACAAGUUUCAAGUACGAGGAUCUUAUGCUCGCUCUGAUGUUGUUCAAUUCUUGGACCUUGGUUACCAUGACAGAGCUCUCCUUCGGGUGGAGCAGUUAAUAAGAGAACAAAACAUGGUGGAUGUGUUUGUUAUGAUAGAAAAUUACUGCAACUUUCUCAGAGGAAGAGCUAAACUUCUCGAAAAGAACAGUGACUGUCCUGAGGAGAUCAAAGAAGCAACUUCAAGCCUGAUUUUCGCAUCCUCUAGAUGUGGAGAAUUUCCGGAGCUUCAAAAGAUUAGAGAGAUUUUCACUUUCAGAUAUGGGGAAGGAUUCGCUGCUCAUGCUGUGGAAUUGCACCAAAAUAAUAGAGUGAACUCAAAGAUGAUAUUAAAGCUUUCAGCUACUAGGCCAGCCAUGGAGAUCAGACUGAAAGUGCUAAAGGAUAUUGCUGCAGAAAUUGGAGUUACUUUGCAAUUGGAACAACACUCGAAAUUGACCAAUGUGAACAAAUUGAGUGAUGAGUAUGAGGAAGAAGAGCAUGAGAGGAAGAAAACUAGCAAUGGCACGGACAAUUAUGUAUAGAUCUCAGCCUGAACAUCAAUCAUAUCAGACAUUGAAAUUUUCUCUUGAAGAAUGGGGGAAACUGCAUUUUACUUUCAGAAUUAAAACCUAAUAACAAAAUUACCACAUGGCAGUUGCCACAGUGAUAGACAAUAUGUUUGGUAUAUGGAAAAGUGUCUUCUAGAAAGGAAAUGAGAGAUGUGGUUAGAAAUAAAAUGGAAUAUAGGUCCAUUUUCUAUUUAUUUUCUAGAGAACACUUUUUUACUUGACAAACAUUGUGUUAGUUUCGGGAAAAUGUAUGGUAGAACAUAGGAGGAAUGGCAAUACGAGUGAUGAGUCAUGAAUUGGAUCUACAGGAAGGUUCAAAAUGAAUAAGCGAGAAAACAGUCCGAUGCAGCUACAGAGAUAAUCAACACCUCAAUGUGGAACUCAUCUUCCUUACCAAUGUGACAAUCUCAGAGAUAGAAUCUACAGAAGCUUCAAUCUGACUGUAUAGAAGUGAAAGUGAUGACAAGAACACAUGAGAAGCGUAUAUGAACAAGAAGAUAAUGUCAAAAGUAUCAAACAAGCACCAAAGAUGAGCCAAAAGAUUUUUGUAGAUUAUUCAUAUUAUAUGAUUAUCUUUUCUUUCUACCAGCCUCGAUGACUUCUUCAUUAGUAUCUUUUUGUUAGUAAAGCCAGCUAUUCUCUCUCUAGUUAUCUUAAAGCCAUAUUAUUCUUUCACGUUGGCCUCAUGCAUUUAAAACCAUCUGAAGAGAAGAAUCAUAUUAGUAAAAUGAGACAGUUAACCUCAUUGGAUUCUUCACUUAUAUAUAUUUUUUUGAUCAACUUACAAUGUGAAAAUUAUAAAUUGUGCUCAAAUGUAAGUUGUUGGAUUAGAGUUUCUAAUAAGCCUCUGAGAAGUUACUGGCAGAUUCAAAUUAGAAAGGCUUGUAUGUAGGUGCACACAUGUUCUGUUCCAGAUUUGCUUUGUGCCAAUACUAUUGCUUCUUUAUUUGCUC